UAUGGAUGAAUAUAUUUAUUCUCAUUUGAUAUUUUAGAGAGAGAAAGCUAUAAAUUCUAGAGAGAGAGAGAGAGAAAGAAUAAUAAGAAUAGGAUUUUUGUGGGGGACUGCAUCGAAUCGAGAGCAACCAAAAGAAGAUCACGAAAUAUCUAAAUCAAGUACUUUAAUGGCGUGUAAUUAUGAAGAAGACGUGCCUCAUGUUCUAGCUGUUGAUGAUAAUCUGAUCGAUCGUAAACUCGUUGAAAAAUUGCUCAAAAGUUCUUCCUGCAGAGUUACUACGGCAGAAAAUGGGAUGAGAGCAUUGGAAUAUUUAGGUUUAAAAGAGCAUCAUCAACAAAACAAUGGUUCAAAAGUAAAUAUGAUAAUUACAGAUUAUUGCAUGCCGGGAAUGACGGGGUAUGAGCUUCUUCAGAAAAUCAAGGAAUCAUCAGUAUUGAAGGAAGUUCCUGUAAUCAUCAUGUCAUCCGAGAAUAUUCCGACACGAAUCAAUGAAUGCUUGGAAAUGGGGGCACAUAUGUUCAUGUUGAAGCCUUUGAAGUUAUCCGACGUGAAGAAGUUAAGACAUCAAUUAACAAAUGUGGAAGUUGAAAAACGUUGAUAAGAGCCACUUACGUUGAUUAAUGCUAGCGAUUUUUGGUUUUUGUCUGUUUGGGUUUUCUGUCUUCUUCUAAAUGCAUCAUGAAGAAUAGUAGGGUUAGUUAAUUUGGGAUAUUUAGUAUGAUUACAAUUGUUGAACUCGGUUGUUGUAUUUUGUAGCAUGUUAAUUAAAUUUGUUUGUUUCGACACAA